UUAAAAUCUAGAGGCCGAAGGAACUGUAUUGCUAUGGCCAAGCUCUCCACUCAUGGGAAUUUGUCAAAGCUACUUUCUGAGUGCAAGGACCAUUUUGUUGCUACUUGCCAAGGGGGCCGUAAGAAUGACAAGGUUGACAAUCUCUCCCAGGUUUCUGGCUAAAAGUACUUGCCUUUCGUGUGGGCCUGAAGUUUUUGACCAGACGCCUAGAGCACUGAGGUGGCAAAGCAGACCAACAAUUGAAAUACAACCAUUUCUAGUGU